AUGUUUGCUUCGUUCAUGGCGCUUUAUUUGGCUACGCUUCACCUGAAGCCUCCUCCCCCCUUUCUCAGUUCGCAUUCCUUUUCUGGCCACUUUUCCUUCACCUUUCACCCGGAAUUCCUGAAGAAGCCGCAUACUCGUACAGUACGAGCAUUACGAGAAUGGCAAGAGUACGAAGAGGCCUUGAAGGCCAAGGAUCUUGGAAGGGCUCUGAGGUUCUUGAAGUCUACAGAGAGCUCGUCGAUUCAGCCCUUGGAUGAUUCUUCCCAGUCUCCAUUUGAGGACUUGGGUCUGUACAGCGGUAAGGAUGUGAGGGAUUGGGAGGUCUUGGAUGCAUGUUUGAAUGCAGAUGACAUGAAACUCGUCGCAAGUGCCUACUCUUUUCUCAAAGAGAAGGGUUUCCUUCCCAAUUUCGGCAGAUUCAGAAACAUAGUUCUCGAGGGACCUAGAGAGGUUACACCAACAGUGUUAAAAUCGUCCACUGGGUUAGACGUUUCUAGGUUUUCUCCAAAAAAGUGGGGCCUCUCUGGGAGCUCUGCUGCGGUCUUGGCUGCAUUUCUCGGCGGAGUAUCAUUUCUUCUAUCUCAAGGGAUCGACAUCAGACCAAACCUCGCUGCCGUACUAGGUCUAGCCUUCCUGGAUUCGGUCUUCCUCGGUGGUUGUUGUUUUGCCCAGAUAUCUAGUUAUUGGCCCCCACUUAGGCGACGAAUCUUGGUUCAUGAAGCAGGGCAUCUUGUAGCAGCAUACCUCAUGGGUUGCCCUAUUCGUGGUGUAAUUCUAGAUCCAAUAGUCGCAAUGCAAAUGGGCAUCCAGGGGCAGGCAGGAACACAGUUUUGGGAUGAGAAAAUGGAUAAAGAGCUCGCCGAAGGACGGCUCAGUGGCACGGCCUUCGAUAGGUACUGCAUGGUGUUAUUUGCUGGCAUUGCAGCUGAAGCCCUCAUUUACGGUGAGGCCGAGGGUGGAGAGAACGAUGAGAACCUGUUCCGGAGCAUAUGUGUUCUGUUGGAUCCCCCUCUCUCAAUAGCACAGAUGUCGAAUCAGGCGAGGUGGUCAGUUCUACAGUCGUAUAACCUGCUCAAGUGGCACAAGCUUGCUCAUCAGGCUGCUGUGAAAGCUCUUGAGAGUGGGAGUAGUCUCAGCACAGUUAUCCAGCAAAUUGAGGAAUCCAUGUCUUCCCAAAGAUGAAACUAAAUAAGUUCGCGGGCGUCUUCUUGUUCAUAACUCUUGGUAUGUCCGAUAGUCACGAGGAAUCAAUUUUACAGUUGAAGCGCUUAUCAGAUAAUGCUUGGGACAACCAAUAGGGCACUGCUCAAAGGAUUCAAGGUUUAAAUCAAGUCCCCGUCAUGUGAGCCAUCUUCAUAUAGGGCAGGGGUUGCGACCACAUGAAUUAGUUGCACAUAUGUAGUUACCGAUUUCUUCCCGCCCAAACCCGGGCAAGGUAACGUAGCUUGGCCUCGACGGGAAUCGAACCUUCUAUUUCUUUUCUUGUCCUACAUAUAUGGGGACAACUGUUGGAGCUGUGGGCCGACUGCCCAGGCCCAGAAAGGAGAUCUUGGUUUGCUGUCCAUUGUUAAAAAUUAUUGUGUUCUUGAAACACUUCAAGCUGUAUUUAAAAGUAAUAUUGAUAAUUAAUUUAUAUAUACUAGUAAAUUACGGGCAUA